AAAGCCAUUUUCUCAAAGUGCUUUUAUUCAUUCUGAGGUUACCUCAGCUUUCCCACUCCAUAGCUAACGUUUGAGUUCAACAAACAAUUUCCACAAACUGGCGAAAUCAAUAAAAAACCACACUAAUGUGACGUGUCUUCCAAAGGUAGUCAGAGGAUCAACCGGUUUGCAGAGUGUUCAUUCGACCGCAUGCGCGCGACCUGGGACCUGUCUCGUUAACUGAAUGACUGUAUAAGAAUUUGUUUUGAUGUAAAGGUCAAAGAAAAAAAAAACACUAAGCUCUGAUGCUAUCUCAUUUCGGAAAACAUCUGUCUUGCUCAUUACCGCAACUGUUCGGGGACAGCGAAUGAUGGAAAGAGCAAGCAAGCAGUGUUGCCAAGGUAAAAACGCCACAGGAAAAGAGUUCGGCUCAAUCCAUGAUGUCACUCCUGGUUUUGAGAAUGAGGCAGCUGAUAGUUUACCAAAAGACGACUCAGCGGGAAGCAGUGUUCAAGAGAUAUAUCCCUGGAUGAAGGAGUUUCGCUCGAAAGGAGCAGCGCAGGAGAAAGAUGACAGAAAACUCAAUCGAAUCAUCUACAGCACAAAACAGCUGGUAGAAUUAGAGAAGGAGUUUCAUUUCAACAGAUACCUUUGCAGACCGCGGAGAAUCGAAAUCGCUCUGUCGCUUGGACUCACCGAGAAACAGGUCAGAGUUUGGUUCCAAAAUCGUCGAAUGAAAUGGAAAAAAGAGAGUGAAUGUGUUGAGAAGGCUCUAGAGAAUGAAAUUCAGGAACGAAUGAGACAACUCAGCACUCAAAAUGCCUUCGGUAGCCAGUUAUCCAUGUUGAAUAUGAUAAACGUGCAACCAAAUGGGUCUCCACUUAACAAAUCGAUGCAUUCUAUCAAUCAAUACUCCGUUCCAAUGCAUCUGAAGCACGAUGCAAGAUAUCUGGACAAGCCGAAAGCGAUCUGGAGUCAAGGAACACACGAUCAUUGGUGAUUACUAAGCAUCUGUUUUGGGAUUAGGGUUUCCUUUGGUUCCCCAUCAGAAUUCACACCUCGUAAAUUACAAUUAACUAAUUUACAGCUCAUUAAUCUUGUUGCGUUUAUGGUUCUGUUUACGAUGAAGAACGCAUAGGAAAAAUCAUUUUCCUUCUUCAGUGACGUUGCUUUUAUCAAAGGUUCUGUUUAAUUCGCACUAUUGCAUAAUACACAUGAAAUUGAAUGAACCAUUUCAAUUCUAGAUUUAAUAUUCAGCUCGUCUUUAAUAACUUUAUGCUUAGUUAUACACAAAUGUACCGUAUUCACCUCUCAUUAGGGACCCUAAGUAAACCACGACGGUGACGGCAACGAGGACAUGGAAAAACAAAAGAUCUAAUUGGAAGAAUAACAGCUCAGCACAUGCAUUUUAAAACUUUGCACAUUUCUUAGCCGUCCUAGACAAAAAGACAACGUGAAAUCGCCACAAUUUGCGUCGUCUGCGAACCGAAACCGCGACGGCAAAUUAUUUUUAUUUCCAUUUGGAACAACGCUUCUUUUAUACGUUAUGCUGAAGUUGAGGUGUG